ACUGUACCGGAAACAACAAGAAAACAGUAGAAGAAGAAAGAGAAUGCGCCCUCUGCUGGUUAUUAGCUGUUGUUGACAUGGAGAUUAGAGAGUAUGUAUCAAUGGAGGAGACAAACUGGAAAUAAAACAUCAUUUCACACCCACUAAACGCUGACCAGUGGAGGAGGGCGGAGCCUCCCAGCAGCCAAGAUGGAGGACACAGAGGCAGAGCUUUCCCCCACCCCCUCUGAUAAGAACAGCCGCUCCCCCUCGCUCUCCAUCUCCUCCUCCCCCUCCCUCUCCCUCCCCUCCACCCCCUCGUCCUCCUGUGGCCCCCCCCUGGCUGUCACCCCUCCUCUGGGUAUCAUCAGUGAGGGUCUGGGGGAGCUCAGCCUGGUGAUCGACGCCGAGGUGGCUCACCGGGCGUGUCAGGAAGUGUUGCAGAAGGUGAAGCUGAAGCAGGAGCCUGAUGUCACCAGCCUGCAGAACGGGGAGGGGCCAGACCCAGACCCCCCCGCUCCCACCGCCGCUUUGAACCCCUCUGUAAAACCUUUGAAGAUCCGUGAGGAGGACAACGUGGAGAGCCCAGGCCCCAGCUCGGUAAAGAGUGCGCGGUGGCGGCAGAGACACAAUCCUUCCAAACAGUCAUGGCUGCUCCGUCUGUUUGAGUCCAAGCUGUUUGAUGUUUCCAUGGCGAUCUCCUACCUGCACAAGUCGAAGGAGCCCGGCGUCCAGGCGUACAUCGGAAACCGGCUCUUCAGCUUCCUCCACGAGGAGGUGGACUUCUACCUGCCACAGCUGCUCAACAUGUACAUCCACAUGGACGAGGAUGUCGGGGAUGCCAUCAAGCCAUACGUGGUUCACCGCUGCAGACAGAGCAUCUCCUUCAGCCUGCAGUGUGCGUGGCUGCUGGGAGCUUACUCCUCUGACAUGCACAUCUCCACCCAGCGCCACUCUCGAGGAACCAAACUGAGGAAACUCAUCCUGUCUGACGAACUCAAACCUGCCGGGCCUCGAGCUCGCAGGGACCCUCUGACUCUGACGCCUUUCUGUGCCGUGACGUCUCCCGCCGCCGGGCCCGGGCCCCUGGGGGGAGAGCACGGCCUCUCGCCCUCCAAACGCACACAUCAGCGCUCCAAAUCCGACGCCACCGUCAGCAUCAGCCUGAGCAGCAACCUGAAGAGAACAGCCAGCAACCCAAAGGUGGAGAGCAGCCAGGACGAGGACAGCAGCUCCAGUGUGGAGAGUCUGGAGUCUGAGACUGGUCCCCCGGUGCGUCUGGCUCCUCAGAGGGAGUUCAUAAAAUCCCUGAUGGGGAUUGGGAAGCGUUUGGCCACGCUGCCCACCAAAGAGCAGAAGACCCAGCGGCUGAUCUCAGAACUGUCACUGCUCAACCACAAACUGCCGGCUCGAGUGUGGCUGCCGACCGCCGCCUUCGACCACCACGUGGUCCGAGUGCCACAUACGCAGGCCGUGGUGUUAAACUCCAAAGACAAGGCGCCAUACCUGAUCUACGUGGAGGUUCUGGAGUGUGAGAACUUUGAGACAUCCAGCGUUCCGAUCCGGAUCCCAGAGAACCGGAUCAGGAGCACUCGUUCUGUGGAGAACCUGCCCGACUGUGGCAUGACAGCAGAGCAGAGAGCCGGCAGCUUCUCCACGGUCCCCAACUACGACAACGACGACGAGGCCUGGUCUGUGGACGACAUCGGAGAGCUGCAGGUGGAGCUCCCAGAGAUCCACACCAACAGCUGUGAUAACAUCAGCCAGUUCUCAGUGGACAGCAUCACCAGUCUGGAGAGCAAAGAGCCAGUGUUCAUCGCUGCAGGAGACAUCAGGCGGCGGCUGUCAGAGCAGCUGGCUCAGGCUCCCACCACAUUCAAACGGGACCCUGAGGACCCGUCGGCUGUGGCCCUGAAGGAGCCCUGGGAGGAGAAGGUCCGGAGGAUCAGAGAAGGUUCGCCUUACGGUCACCUCCCAAACUGGAGGCUGCUGUCUGUUAUUGUGAAAUGUGGAGACGACCUGAGACAGGAGCUGCUCGCCUUCCAGGUGCUGCAGCAGCUGAAGUCGAUCUGGGAGCAGGAGCGGGUCCCUCUCUGGAUAAAGCCCUACAAGAUCCUGGUGCUGUCGUCGGACAGCGGGAUGAUUGAGCCCGUGGUGAACGCCGUAUCCCUCCACCAGGUGAAGAAACAGAGCCAGCUGUCUCUGCUCGACUACUUCCUGCAGGAACACGGCGCUCCGACCACCGAGGGCUUCCUGUCCGCUCAGAGGAACUUCGUCCAGAGCUGCGCCGGAUACAGUCUCAUCUGUUACCUGCUGCAGGUCAAAGACAGGCACAACGGGAACAUCCUGUUGGACUCUGAAGGUCACAUCAUCCACAUCGACUUCGGCUUCAUCCUGUCCAGCUCUCCCAAGAACCUCGGCUUCGAAACGUCCGCCUUCAAACUCACCGCAGAAUUUGUGGACGUGAUGGGCGGUCCGGACGGCGACAUGUUUAACUACUACAAGAUGUUGAUGCUUCAGGGUCUGAUAGCAGCCAGGAAACACAUGGACAGAGUCCUGCAGAUCGUGGAGAUCAUGCAGCAAGGCUCCCAGCUGCCGUGCUUCCACGGCUCGAGCACCAUGCGGGGCCUGAAGGAGCGUUUCCACAUGAGCCUGACGGAGGAGCAGCUGCAGCUGCUCGUGGAUCAGCUGGUGGAUGGAUCAAUGAGGUCACUGACCACCAAACUGUAUGACGGCUUCCAGUACCUCACCAACGGCAUCAUGUGACGUGUGUGUGUGUGUGUGUGUGUGUGAGCAGCAGUGAACAAAUGCACAGACUGAAGAGGGUGAUGAUCCUCCUGCUUUUAGAAGUGGACUGCAGAGACGAGCCGCUCUGCUCCUCCUCCUCCUCAUUCCUCUUUCUUCUUUUUAUCGUCUUGUCUUUCACCUGAAUCUUUAUGUGUUUUAUCGUUUGUCUCGUCUGAUUUCAGCUCUGUUUCCUCUCUUGUCCUCUUUUUCUUUUUCCAUAUUUGGGCACAUGUCCCUGAUUGACUGCUGGACUCUUAGCCAAUCAGAGAGCAGCCCAGGUUUAGUUUGAAAUGUGAACACCGAACAGGUGGAGUGUUUUUACAGGUAGGAGGAGGAAACAGGCAGACUGAAGCGGACUCCUUAAAGGACCAUGCUGAUGUUUUUUCAUGUUUUAACUGACUGUAAAGCAGUUUGUCCUGCGACCCAUUAAAACAAACGUGUUGACCUGCA